UCCAGUCAAGAAUCACAAAUUUCUUAAUACAUCUCUAUCUUAGUUUCUUCUUACUCAAAAUGUCAACAUCAUUUCAGAUCCACGGAAGCGGAAUCAAAUUACCGGUCUCACUUAUUCCUAGUACUACCAAACAAAUCUCUAGGGUUAAUAAACGUGAUGGUAGGACCAGAUGCUCUGCCACCACACCAAAUAAAAAGUACACCAUCGCCGUCCUCCCCGGUGAUGGCAUCGGCACUGAAGUCACUCCAGUUGCGGUCGAAGCUCUCCGCCUCGCUGGCUCUCUCGAAGGAAUUGAUUUCGAGUUUAAGGAGAUGUUGGUCGGUGGUGCCGCUUACGAGGCCACCGGAAAUCCGUUCCCGGAAGAAACCCUAAAAGUGUCUCUUGAGUCCGACGCUGUUUACCUAGGAGCAGUUGGUAUCACCAAAAAGAUGCCGUCGUCAGAUCAUCUACCGAAGCAUCUAAAGCCUGAAGUUGGCCUGAUGCAUAUCCGAAGAGCUCUCGGAGUAUACGCUAAUCUCAGACCAAUCACCGUCUAUCCUCAGUUAUUGGAAGCUUCCUCUUUGAAAAGGAGUGUGACGGAAGGGGUUCAUUUUAUGAUAGUAAGAGAGCUCGCUGGAGGUCUGUAUUAUGGAAAGCCAAGAGGCUUUGGAAUCAACGAAGAGGGCGAGGAGACCGGUUUCUGCACCGAGAUUUAUUCCAGUAGCGAGGUUGAUCGUGUCGCUCGAAUUGCAUUUAACAUGGCAAUGGAACGACGUGGCAAAGUCUGCUCAGUCGACAAAGCUACCGUCUUGGAAUCUUCGAGGCUGUGGAGGAGACGAGUGACGAUUAUGUCGGAAGAGUAUCCAGAAGUGGAUCUGUCGCAUAUGCUAGUGGACACAUCUGGCAUGGAGCUGAUUCGCUACCCUAAACAAUUCGAUGUACUCUUGACUACGAAUGUCUUUGGAGAUAUCUUGUCGGAUGUUGCUGCUAUGAUCACCGGCGGCAUUGGAAUGCUUCCCUCCGCCUGCAUCGGAGGCCCGGACGUAGCAAAUCCGUUGGCUGCGGUUCUCACGGCCGUGAUGCUUCUGAGGUAUGGUUUGAAGGAAGAAGCGGCCGCAAAACGCAUAGAAAAUGCUAUUUUUGAUACCUUAAGCGAAGGUUUCAGAACCCGUGAUAUUCCCACUCCUGGAGCCAAAAUUGUGGGGUGCAAGAAGAUGGGUGAAGAAAUAUUGAAGUCACUUUACGUCAGAGUUCCGUCGUAUCAAUUGAACUAGCAUCACAAAAUCAACAUCUCAUAGCCUGCCGACAAAUAUCCAUGAACCGAUUUCAAUUUUAAUGUCGUUAGUAUAAUUGUGUUGCUGCAUGAAAUAAAACGACACGUUGACUUGG